AUGAUCUUCGACAAAUUGCCCUUGGCGCCGCACCUAACCGCGGACACCGCUCUGCAGGACACGGUGGAGAGUGUCCUGGCGAGCUCCCACAGUCUUCUCAACAACGCGCGGCGCCUCAGUGACGCUGGCUUCAAUGGCCCGCAGUCUCUUGGGGAGGAGCUUCUUGUUGGGCGGGAGGAUCGUGCGGCGUCGAAUUCCGCCGUUUCCGAGUCUUUUGGCCUUACCGUCGGCGCCUUCCACACCAAACUUGAAGAGUGUCGCGAUUUGUUGCGCAGGGUCGAUAGCGAGCGCCGGUUUUUCCGUGAGAGGGCGCUGGAAAUGCAGCAGGCACUUGAAGAGGAGGGCAAAGAACGAAAGCAUCUGCGCGCGCAGAUCGCCGAGUCGCAGCGGGAACUGCGGAAGGCACAACGGCAAGCCAGGGAGGCCCAGAAGAAGACGCGCGAUAUGGAAUUGGCCUUGGCGGCCGCAACGGAGGAGCAGAUGCGCAUGCGCCGGUUUUUGCGUGCAUUGCCAGUUGAGAAGGAAAACCUCCUCCUCCUGGUGCCGGAUCGGCGCUUUGAAGAGGCCUUUCGCGACAAAAUGUCUGCGAUAAAGUACAAGCGUCGCUACGAUCGCGCACGAGAGUUGCACGAACGACGGUCAGAGGAUGUAGAGAGAAAACUAAUGUUAAUGGAGGACAAAUUUGUGGAGACCCCGCAGGAUGAAUUGGCGUCCAGUCUUGCCAACAUCCAGCACUUCAAUUCCAUUUCGUUGCUGAGCACGUCAACAUUGCCGCGACUUUCUAACAGCUUGUCGGUUUCUCAGCUGGCGCCAACCGGUGCCGUGAGGGAUUUUUUACAUUUUCAGUUUCAGCUGCCCUUUUCUCACGUCACGGCGAAGGAUGAUUACAUCGACGCGCGGAUCCAGAGGUCGGCGUACAAGGAGCCAUUGAGGGGCCUCCGUGAGGGUCUUUUUUGGUUGAGCCAUCGCCUCAAACGAACGCAGGACGUGGGACUGUGUAACAUGUAUAAUGUGGUACUCGAGUCUCUUCAAGGCAGCGGCAAUUCCUCGGCACCCGUUAUGUUUGGUCCCAAAAAGGCUUUUGAGGUGGCAAUGGAGAAAUUACAAAAGUCACACCGUGAAUUGCUGUACCAACUGGUCGAGGUGGUGAACUCCUCUGUGACCCAGUUAUUGGAAAAUGAGUCUCGGGUUACCGUGAAGCCCACCGUUUCGAGGCGUGACGUCGGGUGCAGUGUGUACAGUGCGCCUCCAAUGGAUGUGCGGAUGACUAGCCUUGAGAUGAGGCUCGAUGCGCAGCGACGCAAGUCCGCCUCAUUUGAUGCGGAGUCAUCCAUCGCCGCCUCCCACGCGUGGCCAAAAAAGAGGGAGAUACACGAAAAGGUUAAGAUUACAUUGCAACAAUUGAUAACUCUGCAUGAUGCCUUGCAUAACACGCUUCAGAAAGUCCGGGCACAUUGCCAUCUGGAUGAAACGAAGCCAAAUGAUGCGUUUGAGGAACUCUCCCUUGCCGCAACCGAUGUCUUUGUGGAGGAUCCACGAUAUGAAACGAAAGUAGCCGAGGCCGUUGAGGCGGAUUUGCAGCAGAUCACUCAACUAACUGACCUUGUGUUGCAAGACACGAAACCCCCUCAAUUGGCACGAAAAAAGGGAACCAGCGCGGCCAAAAGCAUCGGGGUGGAUAUUACAAAACGGCGGCAAGAAAAGCAAAAAAUCGCCGGACCGGGUUCCCCUCCACAAGCCAACCGUACUGCGGGCAGGCAGUCCGGAGACGCGUAUCUGGCGCAACUCGCCUCCUCUUUCACCUCUUCCCCCAAGAGGGGGAAGAAUUUCCCGCGGCGUUCCAGCGGUACCAGUGAACCAGAGAACACUGACGUGGCACCAAACAACUCGACAGGAGCGAAGGACAACGAUGUGCCGAAGGCAGUGGCCGCUUUUAUUGUGGAUGGGCCUGCGAACACGCAAUCAGGCACUGGUUCGUGUGGAACACCUUCGCUGCCGGUCUCUAAGCAAAGACACACACCUUCUCUCAGCCGCCCACCUGGUGUGCAGAGGCUCAGUUCGUCCAGCCUUUCCAAGGUGACUCUCCCGCAGUUCAUGGUCAGCGAGGGCAAGAAGCGAUGA